AUGAUUAGCCAGGAGCGGCGUGAGAAGAUGGAGAGGCAAAGCUGGCAAGUCGUCGGCAGCCACUCUGCGACCAAGCUCUGUCGCUGGACGAAGUCAAUGCUGCAAGGCAAAGGGGGCUGCUACAAGCACACCUUCUACGGGAUCGCCUCUCACCGGUGCAUGGAACACACCCCGAACGUCUCCUGCGCUAACAAGUGCGUUUUCUGCUGGAGGAACCACAUCAAUCCCGUGGCAAUGGACUGGAAGUUUGAUACAGAUGACCCCGAAGAGAUCUUAGAGGAGUCGCUGCGGAAACACUACAGCACCAUCGAGAAGCAAUGCUUGUCCCCAAAUGCCUUGGAGGCCCGCAAGGAAGAGGCUCGACAGGUGCGGCACUGCGCACUCUCCCUAGUGGGCGAGCCUGUCGCGUACCCGCGCAUCGCAGAGUUUGUGGCCGCCCUGCAUCGACGCCGCAUCUCCUCAUUCCUGGUCACCAACGGCCAGUUCCCGGAGGCCCUGCGCCAGCUGCCACGAGUGACGCAGCUCUAUCUGUCUUGCGAUGCUGCAGACCGCCAUCACCUGCAGCAGGUGGGAAGGCCCCUAUUCAAGGACUUCUGGGAGAGAUACCUGGAGUCCAUGGAAAUUCUUCGCGACCGCACGGAGCGAACCGUCUGCCGGCUGACGCUGCUCAGGGAUGUCAACAUGGGCUCCCCUUCCGAGUGGGCAUCCCUGCUGAGGCGCUGCGAGCCCGAUUUCAUCGAGGUCAAGGGCGUGACCAUGGCCGGGCUGUUUGCCAAGAGUGGCCUGGGCACCAUGAACAUGCCCACGCACCUCGAAGUGAAGCAGUUUGCCGAAGCUCUUUCUGCGGAGCUACCAGGCUACAGCCUGUGCUGUGAGCACGAGCACUCCAACUCGGCGUUGGUGGCCUCUGAGCGUUUCCAUGACGGUGAGGGCUGGAGGACCUGGAUCGACUUCGAGCACUUCGCGGACUCUUGGGAGUCUGCGGAGCUGACGGCUCAGGACUACACGUCGCCGACGCCCGACUGGGCUUUGCUGGGAUCUCCUGGCGAGGGGUUCGCGCCCACGGAGACAAGGAAGCUACGUGCCCGACCUCGCCCCGUCCUCUCUGAAGAGAAGGAGAAUUGGCGCCAGCGAUGGGCAUCCGAGCCGAAGGCCGUAGAUCUUGGGAAGCUGAGCCCAGAACUUCCCUAG